AUAUCCCCAAGUGACCAGCGUGCUCCGACAGUCACUGCGCCCACGCUCUUCUGACCGUCCAGCAGGAUCCUGUCGUGGCCUCAAACGCUUGCUGUCUAUAGCUUUUGAUCGGGACGUCCUCCGUAUUGUGGAGACGUCAGCGCGGCUUAACCGUCGCGUGGUGCGGGACGGUCCGCCUCUGGUCCUACCAUGGAGCAUCAUUGCUGAUGAGCUCGGUGUGGGGCCUCUCAGCGAGGGUUAUAUACGCCGGUUAUUGAAGGAGUGUUCAACUCAGAAGAAGCUCAUCCUCUUUGGACAGGCGGCUUGGGCUGGUUGCAGUAGACUGUGUCGUAUCUUUAUGGAGGCUGGUGUGAACCCUUUCGAGAACCCAGCAGAGGAGUGUACAGCUACUGGAGCAUCAGAGCAGCACUCUGAGAUGAGCAGCGCCAUUUGUACAGGCUCGCUCACUCCUGUCCAGUUGGCCAUCAUGGCUGGGAGACUGAGCUGUGUCCACCUCAUGGCUUCUCAUGCGAGGCGACUCGGCCGGAUCCAUGUACCUCAUCUUAGACGUGACUUGUUAUCCAAGUGA